AUGGCUGCGCCGUUCCGAGCAAAGAGACUGGACCUGGGAGGGUUCAUCAACGCCCGCGUUAUCCGGGACCACACCAAGCGUAAGGUGUUCGAGCAGUACGAGCCUGAACGGCAAGCGCUUCGUUACAUCAUUCGCAACACCACCCUUCCCCAGCGUGUCCGCGCCCAGGCUCAGCUGCAGUUGACCCAGAUGCACGCCUACACCCGGCCUACGCAGAUCAAGAACCGCUGCGUUGCUGGUGGAAUUGCUCGGAGUGUCAUUCGCGACUUCAGAAUCGCUAGAUACCAAUUCCGUCAGCAAGCGCUGGCUGGCGAGCUUCCCGGCGUGAAGAAGGCCAGUUGGUAA